UCAGUAUUCUUUGUAAUGUUGGUCAAAAAUGUGGUAAAAAUUUGUUAUUAAAUGCAAUAUAAUUUUAUUAUUAAUUUGUUAUUUGAGUAAAGUAACUGUGAGUGUUUUCAAUUUUUUAUAAGUUUUAAAAGUUAUAAACUGGAAAGGAAAAUAUCUACAACAAGAAGAAAUUGUUCUUUGUUAAUCUAAUUUAAUAACUCGACAAACAAUUUGACCAUGGCAGAAGUUACUGCCAAAAAUGUUGAUAAUGCUUGCGAGACUGCCGAGGAGUUCACUCGUAUUUUUUACAAAGAAGUGGACAGCAGUCGACGCUUAACCUCAAAAUUAUAUCUGGAUACUGGUCUACUGGUCUGGAAUGGCAAUGGUAUUAAUGGCAGCGAUAAAAUACAGAAAUUCCUCAUGGACUUGCCUGCAAGCAACCAUGUUAUUAGGACAUUAGAUGCUCAACCAUUAUAUGAGAGUAUAUCAAAUAAAAUAACAUACCUGAUCCAGGCAUGUGGAGAUGUGACCUAUCAAAAUGACAAUAUCAAGAAACCAUUUCAACAAACAUUCUUAAUCGUAGCAGUUGAUGGAAAAUGGAAGAUUGCAACAGAUUGCUUCAGACUACAAGUGCCCUAUAGUAGUUAAUGAAGUGUCAGGAUUAUUCUUACUACUCAUCCAUGUAAACAUUCUCUUAAUGUAAAAUGUUUAUAAUUAAUUUGUACUAUUAGUUUCAACUUCAAAAUAAACUAGACGGUCACCAGCGAAUAUCUUUUAUUCUAUUAAACUGUAAUUUGGAAGAAUUUUAUAAAAAUCCAAUUCAUGUUUUCAAGGUAGUGGUCUAAUUCAAGAGUGGUAAGCAAAAUUUAUUGUAGUAUGUAACUUAGAAAUCAGGUUAAUUAUAAGAUUAUUGUAAUGCAUUUUAUUUCUAUUAAAAGUUUAUAACACUAUUUGCAAUCUGACUGUAAGUAUUGUUUAAAAUAAUAUUGUGGGAUUAAAAGUAUUCUUUGUAUUUAAUAUGAAUAGUUUAAUAAUUAAAUUAUACCUUGACAGAGCCAUGAUAUUUGGGUCUUCUUAUGUUAAGUUACAUUCAUUGUUUUGUUAUGGAGGAGUUUUAACUCUAGUUUAUUUAACUAUUUAUCUUAUUUUAUACAUUUUGAGUCAUAGUAAUAACACUGAGUUGUAAUGUAUAAUGCACAUAUGUGUAAUUUUCUCCUUCCCAGACACUCACCUUUCUACAUACAUUUUAUAAAGCAAGCUGCUUGACAACUGAAAUAUGUGAGAUAGAAGUAUCCAAGCAGAUAACUUUGUACAAAGUUAAUCUCAAUAGUUUAUUGUUUGAAAUUAAAAUAGUGUAAGUAAUAAACUAAUU